AUGUCUAUGCAGAUCCUUCGCUCCGAGAUUGUCCUCGAGAAAUACGGCAAAGCCCUUGCUGGAAAGACAGUCUUGAUCACCGGUGUCUCGCAGGAAUCCAUUGCUGGUGAGCUCGCCGUCCAGCUCACCGCUGUCAAUCCUAAGCUCCUUAUCUUGAGCGCCCGAGCCGAGUGGAAGGUCAUACCCAUCAUCAACAUGAUCAAAGAAAAGAACCCCAAUGUCGCCACGCGCUUCCUGAAUAUGGAACUUGGUGACAUGAGGGCUAUCUGCAACGCUGUUGAGAAUGAUCUUGCCGACGUUCCAAAAAUUGAUCAUGUGGUGUGUGUGGCCGCAGUCAUGGCCUGUCCUUAUACAAAGACCAAAGAUGGAUUUGAGUCGCAAUUUGGUGUCAAUUACCUGGCGAAUUUCUUGCUUGUCAAGCUUCUGUUGGCAAAGGUUCAAGCUGCCGGUCCUUCGUCUUCGGUUAUCAUAGUGGCGAGCUCAGCGGUCCGGAAUGGAAAGAUCAAUCUCGAUGAUCUUGAUUUCAGUAAUGGCGAGACUUACGAAGGCUGGACCGCAUAUGGUCAGUCUAACGUCGCACGGGUCAUGUUCGCCAAGAAACUCGGCGAGAAGCUGAAGAGCCAUGGUAUUCGCGUUUUCAGUAUUGACCCUGGUGCGGUUAUGACCGGGCUGCAAAAGCACGUCAAGUCUGAAUUUUGGGCUCAAAUUGAGGAACUGAGGAAAAACGAGGGCGGUUUCACCGAUGCAGAUGGAGUCAAGUACGAGUUGCCCCCCUGGACAAGUCGCUCCGAAGGCGCAGCCACCAUAAUCACAGGAAUGAUUGAUCCCACCAUCGCCGAAUUCAAUGGAUCGUUCUUGAAGCAGAACGCCGUGGCGAACGACGAACUGCACAGUCAGGUUCGUGACGAGCAACUCUGGACUAAGCUUUGGGAAAUGAGUGAAGAUUUUAUUGGCGAAAAGUACUCGCUGUGA